AUGUUGGGUUCUUCUCGAUUAGUUAUACUUAUUAAGCUCAUUCUCUUUGAGUUACUCGGAUUAAUGUGUAUUGAAGAUAGUCUAUUUCGUCGUUAUCGUCGUUUACGUACUUCGAGUGACAGUAAUAAUCCACCCGGUACUCCAUUUGUCAUAGUUGUCUCUGUUUCAAUUGAUGAUUAUUUUGCUGUACUUAAUUGUUCUACACCCGAACGUGUGUCUCAUCUCAAACUCGAUUGGUAUUUUCAAACGCGUGCCUCCUUAAAACCUCCACGCGUCAUCUGGCAACGUGGACAUUCAAAUAACCCUCGAUAUACAGCAUAUUCACCCGAUCAAUUGCAGCAUUUCUUUCAAAUCAAGUCUAUUAACCUCAACGACAGUGGUACCUAUAUGUGUGUCGAUCAAACAACCGGUUUUCAAGAUAGAGUAGAGCUUCUCGUUCGGGACAGCCGUAGUUGUGCAGCCAGCGGUAUUCGUUUACAAAUGACAACUCUUGUCUGUCUUGUCUUAUUCUCAUUAUAUUUAGCUCGACGGACCGCAAGUGAGAGUCAAGUGACAUGA